CUUGUUCAAAAAGGACUUUGCUCAGUCCUGUAAAGCAUACGGGAAUGGCUGGCGGUUACUUUGACCUCCCUAUUUCCUCAUCAAGACCACGGAGCCUUACCGAUGUGUCUGGAAGAACAAGCAGAUCCUCCCAAAGGCCGCGUAUAUCCCCUCGUUUGAUCCCCAAUGAGAGGCUGCAAGAGAGUGUAGGGGACUCUGGCGGAGUCCAGGGAAGAUUCCGGAAUGCUAGAAUCCCCAAAAGCGCGAAUCGCGUCAAAUUCACAGUCAGCGAAGCUGGUCUUGGCGACUGUAUUCUUGGAUCGACGUCAGAGACCCGGAUCGAUGGAAGGGGCUCAUCUUUGCCUCAAAGACCGUUGCCCACAGCUCACAUUCCAGUCACCGACAGAAUCACUGCCAACACCCAAUCAGUGCCCUUGAUCGAUAUCAGUCCUGGUUCACCGGUCGGUGUCACGGGCCUAACUGUCCACUCAAGGGCUAGCUCGCCGGAGAUUUAUGUUGAUGAUGAAGUCAGAAAUGAGAAGGGGAGAGCUAUCCACCUUGCGCAAGAGAGAGCUCAGAGAUUGGCCACCCUAAUAAGUCGUUCUCCUAACUCUCCUAAGCCAAGCCUUCGGAGCAGUCUGCCGUCAUCCAUAGACUCGACUCCCUGCGAGGUGGUCCUGCCCGCUGAGCUUGGAGAUGAAAUUCCCAUGAUCAGCCUGACUGAGAAACAGCUCGACGACUAUUCAGACGACGAUGAAGUUGGCCCAUUAACCAGUCAAAACUCAACACGUACCUCUGAAGCUCACAAACUAGGACAACAAAUGACUCUCAAGGAUUUCAACUUCUUGACCCGGCUUCAAGCCCCAUCUCCAGGAUUUCGGUCUGGACAGAUUACCCCUCUGGAGGACAGGGAGUCAGAGACUUAUGCUGAACGCCCGUCCCAAUAUCGGAGUGGCAUACUCUCAUCUCUGCUGAAACUUCAUGAGCACACGGAUGGUCAUUACUCGGGCGGACGCCAUGGGCGUUCGCGUCGGAGUAGUGCCGGGGAGAUUAGUGGUAGAGGGUUGUCUCCGGACCCUAGCUGGAAGUCUCAGCGUCCAAGGAAAUGGUACGAAAAAUCGCCGAGCCAGUCUAGUCUCUCUCUGGCUGGUUCGACCGCCAAGAACUCAUCUACCUCUCCGAUCGCGAUGCUCAAGCGCUCACGGAGCAGCGGUGCGAUACCUGGGGCGUCCAAGCGGAUGGGCAAGCCGCAGCUCGAGGACGAGAUCCGGAUUACGGUGCACAUUGCUGAGCUUCUCUCUCGGCAACGGUAUUGCAUUCGCCUCUGUCGAGCUCUGAUGAAGUAUGGGGCCCCGACACAUAGACUGGAAGAAUACAUGAGGAUGACGGCAAGAGUGCUAGAAAUCGACGGCCAAUUCCUCUAUAUCCCGGGAUGCAUGAUCAUCUCCUUCGAUGACGCUGCAACCCACACGACGGAGGUAAAGGUGGUGAGGGCUCCCCAAGGCGUCGACCUAGGCAAGCUGUCCGACGUACACCUCAUCUACAAGGAGGUCAUACACGACGUGAUCGGGGUAGAGGAAGCGAUCCAGCGGUUGGACGAGAUUAUGAAGAGGAAGAAUAAAUACCCAGUGUGGCUUCUGAUUCUUCUGCACGGAUGUGCAAGUGCUUGUGUUGGCCCAUUCGCGUUCAGCGCUCGACCCAUCGACAUGCCGAUUGCAUUUUUGCUUGGAUGCCUCUUGGGCAUUCUGCAGCUUGUGCUCUCUCCGCGAUCAAAUCUCUAUCAGAAUGUCUUCGAAAUAUCGGCUGCUGUCCUGACAUCGUUUCUGGCACGAGCGUUCGGCAGUAUCCGUCACGGAGAUGCAAGGCUGUUCUGCUUUUCAGCUCUAGCCCAAUCGUCAAUUGCCUUAAUUCUCCCAGGCUAUAUCGUUUUGUGUGCCAGUCUGGAACUACAAUCACGCAGUAUCGUGGCGGGAUCAGUUCGAAUGGUGUAUGCCAUUAUAUACUCUUUAUUCCUUGGGUUUGGUAUCACAAUCGGUACUGCUGUUUAUGGCCUUCUUGAUGCCGACGCUUCCUCCGAAUACACUUGCCCUCCAAGUUCCAUCACCAACGAAUAUCUAGGGCGGUUCCCCUUCGUCAUUCUUUUCACCUUUUGCCUCGCCGUCAUCAACCAAGCGAAAUGGAGACAGAUGCCUAUGAUGCUGGUCAUCGCAUUUACAGGAUACGUAACGACUUAUUUUGGCACCAAGCGGUUUUCCACCAGCACCCAAGUGUCUAACGCUCUGGGUGCAUUUGUUGUUGGGGUCAUGGGAAACCUCUAUAGUCGACUUCGACAUGGUUUUGCAGCCGCCGCUAUGCUGCCUGCAAUCUUCGUUUUGGUGCCGUCAGGCCUUGCAGCCAGCGGCUCCUUAAUUUCUGGUAUUGCUGCAGCGGAACAAAUCACGACGGUGCCCUCUCCGUACUCGCCGGUGUCCAAUGGAACACAGGGUUUCGUUGACGCAGCUCAAAAUAUGACCAAGCCUGAGUACGAUACCCAGACUCAGGGGAUCGUUCUAGACAUCGGUUAUGGCAUGAUCCAGCUAGCCGUGGGCUUCACGGUCGGUCUGUUCUUGGCUGCUCUGGUGGUGUAUCCUCUGGGCAAAAAGCGAAGCGGACUGUUCAGCUUUUAAAGUCACUAGUCCAUUAGGUCACACUCUAUCUAUACGUCACUCUUUCGCAUCUAUAUACGUGAAGCGUCCGCGGUUUUUUCUUGUGUUUGUUCAGCGUUGUUAUCACGAAGCGGAUCCGUCGAGUUUUUUCAGCGAGAAUUGUUUGAGAUGAUUUCAUCGUUGAUCUCCAUUACACAGUUUCGGCUAUAUCGCCUCUUUCGUCCUGACUUACUGUGAUCUCCUAUCUUGUUGCCCCUGAGGUUCUUGCAUAUCUUGAUAAACGCACUCUCUCAGUUUUCCUUACAGUCU